CUUGAUUGACCGAUGAUUAAGAGAACUCAGCUACCACUGCUAUCUGAAUCCUGAAAACCGAACAAUCAUAAGAGAUGAUGAAAAAACUAGACGAUACUCAGUUAGAUACGAUAUUAUAGUACACGGAAUAAAGCGAUCAGAGCCAUACCGGUAUUGUGCCAAAAAUUCUACCUGCCGGUAUACUAAGUGUCCAAGUUUAUCGCAUGUGUCACUAGCAAGCUCGUCCUAGCUAUCGUCGUCCAACUUCACGUCAAGAAGCGACAGAAACGACAGAAACGACAGAAACAAGAUAUACAUCCGUCAACAUUGAUGAAUUCCGUUUCGAUUCGUUUCAUCCUUUAUUCAACCCUUCGCAGCGAAUUUGUUUGAGCUGAAUGUCAUAACGGGAAGCCAGUAUCGUUUCUGUCAGCUUGCAUUCCUAGUAACAAAUCAUACCUGCCAGGAGAACAAAGAAGAAGGGGGGAGAUUGUGUAAUCAUGUCGACCAACAAGAAUCAUGCUACAGGCAUUGAAACCAAUGGAGUAUCAAUAGAAAGCAAAUCGCACCCAACUCGAACUACCUCCAACAAAUUAGAAGAUCAAGCUGCCACAGCAGCUCUCUACGUGACAAAUCAGAAUAAUCAAACGCCCAAAACGGGCUAUGAAUUUCUGGACAGUGACAAUAAAUUGUCGUCUGCUGGUGCAGCAGCAUCUCUCAAAUACGCGAAGCCCCGAGAUUUACCAAGUUACCCCUCCGUCGGAUUGAACAAGAGUCAGUCGGCAGCUGGAGCAGCAGCAUCUUUAGGUUGGCAGAACCAAAAGACUUUCGAACAUUGGAAGCCAGAUCCCUCCGCUGCGGCCUCGGCUGCUGCGAUGUUAGCCAAGGAUUACAAAAUGAAGCCCAUGUGGCAGCCAGAAUCAAGUGCACAUGGCGCAAAAGCGGCUUUGUUGGCUCAUAAAGCCAAUAAGGGUGUCGACUUGUGGCAGCCGGAGCCUACAGCAUGGGGGAACACUGCCGCAACUCAAGCUAUGAAGAAGGGGAACACAUUAUCACCGCAAUUGGAUUAUGGACACACUGCUGUUGGAAGACAGGGUUCCCUGUUGGCUGCGACUGGUGCUAUGGCUAGGAGCAGGAAACGCGCAAAUUCGACACCUGUGAAGACUCAAAAACUUGAAACCUAUCCCGACGAAGCCAAUGCUGCCAGUAAUGCUUUGAAAGCCGCGAAGUCUGUUCACAAAUCUCAGACUAAUACUGCGAAACCUACCUAUUCUGCCGAAACCUAUCCGGAUGAAGCCAAUGCUGCAAGCAAUGCUUUGAGAGCUGCAAAGUCUGUUCACAAAUCUCAAAUUGGUGCUGGAAAAGCUACCCAUCCUGGUCAAACAAAUACGCCCAGUAAUGCCAUGAAAGCUGCAGUCGCUGUUCAUAGAUCCAACACUGUUCGAAAACCUAAUACAUUCGAAAAGAGUGUUGGAUCAGUACCAUUCACAACAAUGCCGCGAGAAAUGUAUACGUCUCAGCCGCCUGUCGACCAAUUUGAACCGGAGGUGCCCAAAGACCAAAAUCGUGAAGAUGUCCUCAAAGCUUCAGCAAUUGCUAUGGCCAAAAAAAUGUACAACCAACAGCAGAAACAAAGUGCUGCUACUUCCAAUGCGCAAUCUGGUGCAGCUGCAGCACACGGCCAGCGAAGGCUUUCUAUAGAUAGCGAUGAUGAACCUACACCUAUGCGUUUUGAUAAUCUCCAAGCAAGAGCACAGCAGCUCACCAAUGAGUCAGUGGCGAGAAUGACAACCGAAGAUAUUAGAAAUCGUGAAUAUCGAGAUUAUUAUGGAGCUACCCCAAGUAUAUCUUCGAAGUUAUCUAAGCGAGGUCGAACAAGACGUCGGGCUUCCAGUUAUGAUGAGGAUCGCCAUCAGUCUGACAAAAUCCGAGCUCAGAUGAAUUUAUUCUCAAGCAAUAUCUCUAAAGUAGACGAAGAAAAGCGACAACGAGAUCGCGAUGCUCUACAUGCUGCAGCUAAGCGCAAUGUUAAUAAAGACAUUCACGAGAUGGAUAAACAAGUAUUUAAAAAUACUGGCAAAGUUGCUCCAUCUCUACUCAACGAAUGGGAGUUAAAAGCACAUGAAGCUGCUCAAGCCCAGAGUAAAGCUAGAAUGGAGAAUUUUGGCAAAGUCGAUAUUGGUGGUGGAAAAUUUGUCGAUCAAAGUGUGAUUGAUGCUGCUGCCGCUAAAAUAAUCCAGCCACAAUUGGAGGAAAUCAACACAAAGGCAGAAGCUAAGAGGUUUCGAGAGGCUGAGUUGAAACUCGAGGAAGAGGCUCGAAAGAGAAAAUCGCAAGAGAUUAAAAUGAGAGAGAAAGAGGAGAAAGAAAUUACCAAGAAAUUGAAGCAACAAGAAAAAGACGAAGAGAAGGAGCGUAAAGCUGAUGAGAAGGCUGCUCUCAAGGAACGUCGUAAAUCAACCACCAAAUCCGAACCAGGUGCUCCAGUUUCAAAAACCUCACCUACCACCGUACCUGGCGAAUCUGAACGCCCCACUACGGCUCCAGCUCCUGUACCUACCCGUACUUCUAUAGAUGGAAAUAGCGUUCAUGUAUCUGGAGCUACAGAUGAUGCACACCCAAGUCAACAAGUUUCAUCUAAUACCCCAUCACCAACCUCUGAGAGUGGUUCCAAGGUGAAGAACUGGCUUAAGUCUAAAAUGGGAAGGAUAUCUGGUCGUCACUCGAAAUCCUUAUCAGAAUCUAAUGCUACUAAAGAUGAGAAAGGAUUUAUGGGUGGUCAUACCUACACAGGUGCAAGUGUUAAUAAUAGUACGACCUCUCUUAGUCGACAAAGUAUAAAGGACGUUGCAAAUGCCACCGCUCUUGUCCCCGGAGCCAACCCCACUGUUGCUCCUACUCAACAACCAGAAGAAUUUGAAAGAGUAGGCAGAAGUAGAACAAGAGCGGGAGAUGACGUGAGUAGCCUUAGCGAAUUCAGUGACAAAGCAAAGGGCAGAGAAGACAAUUUAAGUGGCGACGAUGAUGAUGACUUUCAGGAGGCAAGGGAUAACUUUAAUGACGAGUUGGCGCCGCCUAGACCAUUCUCAUCUCAUGGAGCAGUCAGCACAAGUCCGGGCAGAGCUCCCAGAUUUCAUGAGGAGAUCUAAAUAGAGAGUUUUAUCAUUAUUUAUAUAAUUUCGGGUGGGCUAUGGGAAAUGGGUUCGGAACUUUUGAUUCUCGGGAUAUGGGAUUUUGCAACAAGGUUCUUUCUUUCUUUGAUUUUUCUUUCCAAGUUGAUACGCUAUUUGAAAACUGGGAUGAUCUUAUGAUAUUUCGUCCGCCCACGCGAGAUAAUGGAGGGAAGGCAGAUAGGCAUAGGAAAGAAAAGCAAUAUGGCUUACUUAAUAACCGUUUUGUUUUUUGUUUGGGUUUUGGGUCAGAUUGCUUGGGUUUGUACAGUACAUAUGCGGACUAAAAUAUGGAAAUUGGGAGCAGUGACAUGAUUGGAAUGGAGAUAGGGAUGAGAAAAGGGUGGCCAAAAAGGGGGGCGGAGGAAUAUCUGUAGUUAAUCAGUGGGAUUUUAUCAUUAAUGAAGUUUGUUAAUCCGAAGAUUUUCUCAUGCAGUGGAAUUUGAUGGAUUGGAAAGUCGACAUGAUGUAUUUGCGUUGUUACGA